GUUUUUUUUGUUUUGACUAUUAUAGUUUGUUAAUAAUAAGUCAUAUUAAGCAGUGAUUUAACUGAAAUCAGCAUGGACAUAAACAGAUGUGGUUAAAAUACCAACAAGUUUCAACAAAAAUGUCAUCAUUUGACCCAAGAGAAGUGAUGCAAGGCAGAGAUGGUGUAGUAACAAAGCACCCACUAAAACGAUUUGAACCAACAUUGCGUACAUCACUUCAAGUUGUUAUUCCAAUGAAUUUGGAAAGGUUGAAAAGGCAUAGAAUUAACAUAAAAAAGUUUGCAUAUUCAAAGAAUUGGACAGAUUUAAACAUGGAACAAAUAAAUGCAUCUAGAACAGCACAGCAAUUACAGGCCACAAUUCGUGACCUUGGAAAAAUAAAAUAUCAAAUAAAUGAGGAUGACAUAAACCAAUUUGAAAAGCUAAUUAGUCCAAUGAAGCAUGAAGCAUUGGCAGCUUUUCAUGAGUUCAGUUUGCUGCAAAUCCUUAUAACCUCAGAAGUGCAAAAGUCAAUCAGUUUGAGUAAUAAUGGUGAUAACACAAAAGUUGAAGAAAAUAUUACCACUGCUCAGCUGAUCCACCGUCCAUUUGCAACAUCAGAAAAGGAUCUUGAUGAAUUUGCUGAGUUAUCAAUAUUUUUUCAUGAUAAACCAGCCAGCAGUCAAAUACAACUUGGUGAUCACAUGGAGGAUGAUGUGAAAGUGGAACUUGCGGUGUGUCAUUCUUGGGACCAAUUACGUGAUGAUUUAAUGGAAUUAAAUGGAUUAGUUAACGAUUUUUCUGCUGAAGUACAUGCUCAGCAGGAAUAUGUGGACAUUAUUGAAGAUAAUGUUGAUGAUAGUCACAAAAACGUUCACAGUGCAGCUACGCUACUGGCUCAGGGACCUCAGGAUUCCCACCCCCUUCAAAGAAACGCGUCGUUGGUAGACCAUCAAAAGGUACUCCGGUCGGAACAGUUUCAGCAUUUGAUGGAAAAGUAUCAUGACUUCCACGAAAUUGUAAAUUUCACACAAUGUUAUGAGCAGUUAUUACACGUUCACUUCACGUCACUUGCAUCGCUCAACCCUGACCCACCUUCCAAAACCCGGAAACGCUUCACCCAAAAGAAGAAAGCAGAAAUUCGCUUGCACUAUUCUGUUAGUGGCAGCUUUGCCAACACUGCACGGGCAUUUGAUAUCAAUGAGUCAACAGUCCGAGGAAUAGUCAAUACUCGCCCGCUACCCGAUAACAAAAAGCUAUCCAGCAAAUGUAAUCUUCCUGGAGCUGGUAGACCGUUAACUUAUCCUGCCGAAUUAGAAGAUCAACUGUUAAAGUGGGUUUUUGUUUUACGGGAUUUGCAUUUUCCAGUUUCAGUAAUAAGCUUUCAAGAGAAAGCGAAGCACGUUGUCCAACCUCACAAUCCAUCAUUUAUUGCCAUCAGAGGUUGGGCUCACAAAUUUUUCAAGCGACACAACCUUUCGCUUCGUGCUCGUACUUCGAUCCUUAGCAAAUUUUAUCAGGAUGCUGCGCGUUUCAUGCGGAUUGGAAAAUACCCUUUGUCCCUAGUUGGUAACAUGGACGAAACACCGGCGUUCUUUGACAUGGUUCCAGCCAAGUGCAUUUCGAAAAAAAGAGAGGAGUGCGUGGUUCGUUCUUCAGGAAGUGAGAAAAAGCAUCUGACGGUCGUCCUAUCAGCUAAGGGAGAUGGGAAAAUGAUCCCACCUAUGAUUAUCUUUAAAGGUAAAACUGAAAAAACUAUCCGUGAUUUAGAAAUCCCUGCUGGAUUUGUUGUCAAAACGCAGAGUAAAGCCUGGAUGGAUGAUGAAUUGAUGAAGAUCUGGGUUGAAGAGAUCUGGCUAAAGCAUGUACUCACUAAAUGUAAAAAGCUUGGUUUCGAAAAUUCCUUGUUAUCAUUUGAUGCUUUCUCCGCUCAUUUAACUGACGGAGUCAAGGACCAAUUACUGGGAAAUAAUUCUGAUAUUCUCCAGAUACCAGCAGGUUGUACUUCAAAAUGUCAACCAAUGGACGUCUGCCUUAACAAGCCAUUUAAGUCUGUUUUGAGGAAGUGUUGGGUCAAUUACGUUGCAACCGUCGUUAAAAGUUUCCCUGAUGGAAAUAGCAGUAGCAGCAAAAUCCCCGUACCAACUUGCCAGUAGAUGAUUGGGUAGAUAAAGGAUGGAUAUGACUACCUUGCUCAGGACAAGGAAAUGGUGAAACGAUCAUUUGAAGUUUGUGGUAUUACUUCCUCAGAUCCAGUGAAGAUCCGCAAUGGAGCAUUUUACCAAAAAUGUAUGGAAAAAGCACAGGACGAGCUUGAGAUGGACGAAGACGAAAAUGAUGAUCCCUUUGCUUGAUCUCAGUAUCAUAAUAUAUCGAAAUAUAUAUGUUUAUUUAAUCUAAA